AUGGCGUCGCGCUCACCAUCUCGAGAGUACCGCCGGUCCUUGUCACGGUCUCCUCCCCGGUCUGACGACUCGCGCUCGCCGCCACCAGCGCAUCGCCGUCGACGCUACGAUUCGCGAUCCCCGUCGCGUUCGCCUCGAUCCAGAUCGCGAUCGUUUACGCCGCCUCCUCGUCGCAAUGGACGUCAUAGGAGUACUAGCAGAAACAGGAGCCGUGAUCGCGGUAGGGAUUCUCGAUCGCCCGGCGAGAGCCCUCUGGCGAAGAGUACAAAGAUUGUGGUAGAGAGACUGUCGAAGAACAUUAACGAGGACCAUCUUUAUGAGAUAUUUGGUCAAUUUGGACAUAUCAAGGAUCUUGAUCUGCCAAUCAACCGAAGUUUCGGCACAAAUCGAGGCACAGCAUACAUCCUGUACGAUCACGAAGCCGACGCCGAAGCCGCCAUUUCACACAUGCACGAGGCGCAGGUCGACGGCGCCGUUAUCAACGUCUCCAUCGUCCUACAGCGCAGAAAGCUAUCGCCCGCACCCCCUACAGCUCGGCGCGGCGCCAACAUUGACCCUCGAGUCCCCUUCCAGGGCUCUCGCGGAGGAGGCCCACCUUCUGGCCCGAUGGGUGGUGGUGGAGGAGGCGGUGGGCGCCGUCGCCUCUCUCCAGCAAGUCGAUACGGUCCUCGCUCUGAUGUCUACCGACCCAAUUUAUCACCGGCCCGAUCACCUGGCGGUGGCCCUCCAUCUCGUGGUGGUGGUGGUGGCGGCGGCGGUCGAUACCGCAGCCGAUCCAACGAUUCAUACUCUUCUCGCUCUCGAUCCAGAUCACCAGGACCCAGACGACGGGGUGGAGGAGGAGGGGGAGGUAAUGGAACUAGUCGGCGUGAUGAUUAUGAUGCCCGACGCCGCAGUCGCAGCCGCAGUUUCGACGACGAUCGUAGCACAGGUCGAAACUAUAGGUAA